CCCUUCGGGUACGCCGAUGUAAGCACGGAGCUUUCGACUCAGUGAAGGAAAUGAGGUCAGCUCCGAGUCACACGUGGGCCUCUUCGAGGUACCAUUGAGUUGCGGAGUUCUGUUAAAUAUAUCUUUCUGAAUCAGAUCCAGAACACAGAAGGAAGGAAGGACGUAGAGCUAGCUUCGGCGUGGAAACGAACGCAACUUAUCUCUCACCGUCACUGUACCCGCAAUCAGCGAUAGUGAUAACACGAGGGUGCUGAGACGGGCGAGGUUCAACACACUCUCCACGCUUCUUCCUCUACGACAACAUGAAAACCCUCACCCUCAUUCUUUUAUUUUCUCGUAUUCUCUUUUGCCGUGCUCUCUAUGCUCCGUUACGCGAAUACGCGGGGCAGAGCUUCUUUUCAGGGUGGAACUUCCCAGGCUAUUAUGAUAACACCACUUUGGGGAGUGUUAUAUAUGUUGACCAAACUACUGCGUUCAAGAACAAACUAGCAUACGUUAACAACGCUGGUAAUGCUAUCUUAAGAGUGGAUAACUUUACCAACGUCACUGAUACUGGGGCCAUUUAUCGCGACUCGGUCAAGUUGAUUUCUCAGGAUCUCUACCCAUUGGGAAGCCUCGUUACAAUAGAUAUGAUUCACAUGCCCUAUGGAUGUUCGGUUUGGCCAUCAUUCUGGACUUUCGGCGGUACCGACUUGGAGUGGCCUAUGUUCGGGGAGAUCGACAUCGUCGAAGGUAUCAACCUUAUAACCGACAACCAAAUGUCCCUACACCACAAUGAUUCAUCAUGCGUGCAGCCUCCAAACCCUGGACAGAGCGGAAAGACAGUCAAUACAGGGUGUAGUGACCAAGGAGGGGGUGUUGGAUGCCGUGUCUCUGAGACUAAGCCGAACAGUUUUGGGGAGGGCUUCUCGAAAAACGGCGGAGGAGUCUUCGCGUUGAAAUUCGACGUUUCAGGAGCUUUCAUUUGGUUUUGGCCGAGACAAAACAUACCCAAUUCCAUUACUUCCGCCAUAUCGACGUCGAAUAUGGAUACCACAGAUUGGGGCUUACCAUCAGCAUCUUAUCCGUCUAGUGGAUGCGAUCUUCAGAAACUAUUCAAACCGCAGAAACUGAUUCUCGAUAUCACACUCUGUGGAGGCUGGGCUGGCAUACCUUCCAUAUUCCAUACCGAAUGCUCCGGACAAUGCGUACAAGAUUUCGUCCUGGGUCCAGGCAGCCCAAAAUACGACAACGCGUGGUUCGAGAUAUCCUAUAUUAAAACGUACACUGCUAUCGCCGGGAAUGCCACUGCUACUGGAACGACAACUCAGGUGGUGACGAGUACUUUUGGUGGAACAGUAGCGUCUUCCACGUCUUCAGCUAGACGUCGACAUUCCGCCAUUUCUCGGAUUUUUAGUGGGUUCUUACUGUGUCUUGUCUCGCUCGCUAUGCUUGUAUAGUAUACACCCUUUGGCCUUUGAUUGACUUUGAUAAGUUAUAAUUAUACCGCUUGCCUGCAUGUGUAGACUUGAUAUAAAACAGGUGCUUCUAUCGAUAUUAUGUAGUUUUCCAGUUAUUCACCUUGUACGAGAGAUCUCGAGUGCUAAGUACUGUUCCCUUUUCAUUCACCAUAAUGAGCUCCAGAUUGUUA